AUGCAGCGGGACGUGGGCAGCCUGCCGCUGAGCCCCGCGUUGCGUGCCCGCCUGCUGGCCGCCGGCUUCCAAACAGCGCAGGAGCUGCUGGAGACCGGUCCGUGCGGGCUGAGCAAAGAAAUUGGGGUCUCCAAAGAAGAGGCGCUGGAAGUAUUACAGGUUGUCAGGCAGGAAUGUGCUGGCAAUGCAGCAAAGACGGCUGGGGGGUCAGACAGCACCAGGAAGUGCACAGCUCUGGAACUUCUGGAAGAAGAGCAAGCACAGGGCUUCAUCAUCACCUUUUGUUCAGCGCUGGACAACAUUCUGGGAGGUGGUGUGCAACUGACGAAAAUUACUGAGAUCUGUGGAGCACCUGGUGUUGGGAAAACACAACUAUGUAUGCAGCUGGCAGUGGAUGUCCAGAUCCCGGAAUGCUUUGGGGGUGUAGCUGGGGAAGCAGUGUUCAUUGAUACUGAAGGCAGUUUUAUGGUAGACAGAGCAGCGGAUAUUGCAACUGCCUGCGUGCAGCAUUGCCAGCUUAUUGCUGAAGCUCAUCAAGAAGAAGAUCAUCUAAAAGCUUUGGAGACUUUUUCUCUGGAAAGUAUCCUUUCUCACAUAUAUUACUUCCGUUGCCGUGACUACAUAGAGCUUCUAGCACAGGUCUAUCUCCUCCCAGACUUUCUUUCAGAGCACUCAAAGGUCCGACUGGUGGUAAUUGAUGGAAUUGCCUUUCCCUUCCGCCAUGAUUUUGAGGACCUCUCACUUCGAACACGGCUUCUGAAUGGUCUGGCACAGCAGCUGAUCAUCAUAGCAAAUGAUCACAAAGCAGCGGUUGUUCUGACAAACCAAAUGACAACCAGGUUUGGACAAAACCAGUCCAUGUUGGUACCUGCAUUAGGAGAAAGCUGGGGACAUGCUGCUACCGUGCGUUUAAUCUUUCACUGGGACAACACUCAGAGGUUGGCAACAUUGUACAAAUCACCGAGUCAGAAGGAGUCAACCAUACCAUAUAACAUUACACCUCAGGGCUUCCGAGAUGUGCAGCCUCCACCUGUCACCCAAAAUGCAGAAGGUACUGAAAUGAACCCUCGCAAACGGCCACGGAGAGAAGAGGAAAAGCAACAGUGAUUCAGAAGAACCAUUCCAAAAAGCUGUGCUGCAUGAGAACAACCAUGGAGAGAGCAUGCAGCCAGAGGCAGCCGGAGAGGUUCUUUAAAUUCCUACUCUGGACUUUAUUUUAUUGUUAAAACUGUAAUAUGAAAUUUUUUUUUCUGGCAGAAAAAUUACCUGUGUAUGGCAUGAUUUUACUUUUAUAAUAAAAUCUAUUUUAUAUGA